UUGUUUAAAAAGGAAUGCGUAGAGGCCAAGCAAGCUACUGCAUUUCAGGAGUUGCAUCCCCGUCGCCUUCUAGAAUCCCCCAUCCCCUCUCUCUCUCUCUCAGAUCGAAGGAGAUGGGAGUGCUGUCGAACAAGAUCGAGAGGGAGAAUUUGAAACCGGGGGAUCACAUCUACUCUUGGAGGCACGCCUAUAUCUACGCCCACCAUGGGAUAUAUGUCGGCGAGGGAAAUGUUAUCCACUUUACUAAUGGUCCAGGCGGCCAGGAUAUUGGAAUAGGAUUUGUGCUAGACCGCAUCAUUGUGAGCUCAGCACCUUGCUAUAAAUCCUAUCCUUCCGUGGACAUUCCUUGCUCAAGCUGUGGAGAUCAAUCGAAACUCAAUGGAGUCAUUACUUCUUGUAUAGAUUGUUUUCUUUCGGGUGGAAAUCUGUACCGUUUUGAGUAUGGUGUCUCACGAGCAUUCUUUCUUGCCAAAGUUCGUGGAGGUACCUGCACUCUUGCUCCAUCUGAUCCACCAGAAGGUGUUAUUCACCGUGCUAAAUAUCUCCUUCAGAAUGACUUUGGUUCCUAUGAUGUUUCCAAGAACAACUGCGAAGACUUUGCCAUAUAUUGCAAAACAGGUUUGAUUGUGUUCAGUAGCAUCGGCGUGGGAGGAAGUGGACAGGCGUCAUCCUUUCGAGCUGCUGCUAAGGCUGGAAUUUCUUUUUCACUACGAUAUCUCACUACCAGUUUUAGCGGCUUGACAGUGGUUGGUUUUGGCAUGUAUUGUGUCGGUCGUUUAGAUUCCGAUAUUGGAGUACGCAGUGAUGUCCAAAAAGUUGCUGUGGAGAGUCUUGUUGAGAUGUUUAAGCGGGGCUAAUCUUUUGAGUUUGGCAGGAAGCAUUUGCAAGGUGGUUGUAAUAAUUUGAUUGCUGCAAAUGUCAAAUGCAUAUAUAAUGCUUUGCAUUUUUCUGGGCAUUGUUUAAGGUUGUGAUUGCAAGUGUGUAAAUUGGCUCGCUACUUGAUACCAUUGCUCCUCGUUAAUUAUCGGUUUGUAAUUUUUAAUGUAGCGAACCAGUUAUGCUUUUCUAUGAAACGAUGAAUUAAUGCAGCCUUUCUAUGGCAUUCCGUCCGUUGUCA